CGGUCCUCGCCAGUGCUUGCUCAUUAUGGUGGCGACGUUCGCAUACCUCUUGACCAUCUUGAUCGCUCUCAUCCAGUUCACAGCAGUGUCGGCAGACUUCGACCUUUAUCAAGUAUCUGGCAGUUCCCCCGUUCACCACCGCGUCAGAUCGGUGGAUAUCACUGCCCCGGGGCCAGGCCUCCUUAUACCGCCGUUCGACUAUGGCUGGCAGAUUUUCGAUUGGGACGCCGAGCCUACGUGUGACCAACUUCUCCAGGCUCCCUUCUACCAGAACAAGAAGGAUCUGAGCCACGGUCGGGUUGGCAUACGAUGCGUAGGCAAGUGCGGUAUCGUGGAUGUAAGUCUUGCAACCCAAAAUACUCCUUUUCCACUGAACGCUAAUCUUCCCUAGCCACCGUGG